AAGCCGCUUGGAUAAGAAAACCCCAACAGCUGAAGUAUUGUAUUACACGCCAGGAACCCGACUAACCUUAAACAGGACAAGGGCGAAACAAAGUAACCCAACUGGUCACGGUCUUUGUCAUCUUGAUCAAAUAUGACGCGCAAAUUAAGCGAAGCGAUUAUUUGUUUGACACUAGCCAUUUUUGCCUCAGGUUAUGCCAGAAGACGCAGCGUGGAAGUCGGACUGUGACAAGACUGCAUGGAUUUACUUGGCCAUAUAAUGUUGACUAUUCUACUUGCCAUCCUGAUGGACCUUUUAAAUUAUGGACUAACUAAAUUCCAUCGCUUACGGCUGUUGACUGGAGCACACUGGUCGUUGCUUGGACAUUUUUAUUGCCUAUCAAAGGAGAGUAUGAGCUGACAUCGUAUAUUUUGGGACAAACACGUUAUAGCGGUUACAGCUCCAUAUUUAUUACGCUUAAUCGAAAUUUUAAUAAUGUAAGAAUGAACCUGUGUAAGGUUUCAAUGGUUUAAUUUUUAGCUCGUUUGAAGAGGGAAAGACCUUCAUGGAAUUUAUAAAUAAUGUGCUCAGAGAUCAGUUGCUAGAAAUGACAGCUAUUAAAAUACACUUCAGUGUCCUUACAGUCAAAUAGUAUUUUUGAGAAUCAUGUUGAUCUAACUUUGCUUUGUUGACAGAAGGGCAUUUACUUUGUUAGGAGCCAUUCACAUCGAACCCGUGCUUGCGCUGAAAAAAGCUUCACGCAGCAGAUCUGUACCAGAGCUCAGUUGUCUCAAAACGCGCUUUUUUUUAAAUGGCAUUGCGUUCUAAAAAGCAACAACAAAACAAACGUGGCGUUCCUAUACGAGAAAAACAGUGAGACGAGGCGCAACAACUUCAAUCUAUGUUUUCAUGAGAUUGUGUUUUUUUUUUUUUUUUUUUUUUUUUUAAACAUGCGUUCGGUGUGAAUGGCCCCUUAUUGUUGACAUAUGAAAAUCUUUUCAUAGCACAAUGUGACAAGAUUUCUACUGUUUCAAUUGGAUCUUGAUGGGUGUUGUUGCUGAAAGUUAAACGAACCUCAACGAUGGGAUGUGUACAGAGUGUAAAACUGAAGCCAAGUUUUCAUGAGAACAUCACAGUCCUCGAACUGCACGCCUCAAUUGAUCACACCCCUACUGUCAUCGAUGAGUCAUCCAGUGUGGUUCUGCGAUACCGCACACCUUACUUUAAAGCAUCAGCUCAAGUGCAAGUGCCACCCAUAGUAUGUAAAGAGAUCUGGACUGUUGGCUGGAUCCAGGCUUGCAAUCAAAUGGAUUUCCUCAAUAUAUAUGGAAAUGAAGGAGUAUCUAGCUGGGAGCUAUCAGAGCUAAAAUGUGGGCAUGUCCAGGCCAUUAGUGAUUCUGAUGGUGUGAAUUAUCCCUGGUAUGGCUGUACCACUGAGAUGUACACAAUUGUUGGUCCUACUAAGAAGAGCACCACACUGACUGUCAACAUGAAUGACAACUUCUGCCCAAGUGUGACCUGGAGUGUCCCUGUGGGCACCACCAGCAGUCCUCCUCUCUUGACCUCCAUCCAGAGGGACCAACAUUUCACCACCUGGCUGGUGGCCAUAAAUGAAGUCACCGCCGAGAUGGUGCUACUCAGAACCAUUCGCUGGAGGAUGCAGCUCUGUAUUAAAGUGGAUCCAAAGAAGCCUCUGGGUCAAAGAGCAAGGCUUGUGGAACCACUGAUACAGGAGCAGCCUCAGGUCCUUGUUAAGAAUGAACCCAUCCCGUCAAAUGCCUUGGUUAAGCCCAAUGCCAAUGAUGCGCAGGUUCUAAUGUGGCGGCCAAGAAAUGGGGAGCCCACUGUAGUCAUCCCCCCAAAAUACUGAUCCAAUGAAGGGAAUUCUAUUUCAGCUUGAACUUGACAUGUUUUGCAUUUGACACUUAUUUAAAUUAAGUAUGGCAUGGAGUGAGAAAGAAUACUAUUUAACAGAGUAAUUGAUUUAAAGUUUGAGUGGAACAAAUGUAUUAUUUGUGUUUGUAAUAAUGUUUAGUAGGCUACUUUGAAAAGACACAUUUAACACGUGUAUUGUUUUGGUUUUCAGGUAAAGAACCUUGAGGAUAUUUUAAUAUUGGUAAUUUGUAAGACAAAACUAUGAGUGGCCUUUGCAUACCUGGCUCUGAAUUGAAAUGCUGCCUUUUGCUUAUGAAACAGAGCACAUUUUCUGUGCAUGCCGAAUUGAAAUAAAUUGUUCACACUGUAUGAGCCCAUUUUUAUAAAAAAAUGUAUAAUGGAGAUAAUGUAUUUCAAGUCAGAUGUGGCCUAAGUUUUACACAGAGACAAUUAGCCUUUAAUUUUUGUUAAUUAAUUAAUUACAGGAAACACUUUUGCAAACAGGUCACUAUUAUGGUGUCUUAUUAGAUGUACCCUGGUUUAGACCUGUAAAUAAGUUAUCCUCUCAUGGUUUAAGAGGAAACAGGUUUAAAAAGCACAAGCUGUGUUUCAGGUACUUUAACAUCGAUUUUUGAUGACAAACCAGUCCAAUAAAA